AUGGCCAGCGACGUCAUCAACCUGCUCCGGGCCGCCAACCAAACCAUCGGCGUAGCCGAGUCCCUGACUGCCGGCCUCGUCAUGUCAGCCCUGGCCGCCGUACCCGGCGCAAGCGACGCCUUCCGGGGCGGCAUCGUUUCAUACGCCACGCCGCUCAAACACAGCCUCCUAGGCGUCAGCGCCGAGCUGAUCGCGCGCGAGGGCGUGAUCCAUCCGGACGUGGCAGCGCAGAUGGCCGAGGGCGCGCGGAAGGCGACUACUCCCGAAGGGGAAGAGGCGACGGCGUGGGGCGUCGGCACGACGGGCGUGGCUGGGCCUGAUGAACAGGACGGCAAGCCCGCCGGGACUGUGUUUAUUGGCAUCGCGUCGCACUGGGGCGGGAGCAGGGCCUUGGGGCCGUUCCUUUUUCCUGGGCCGAGGGAGCGGGUGAGGGAGGCGACGGUUAUGGAGGCGCUGGCGAGGUUGCGGGAGGAGCUUGUUGCUGCUGCUGAUGGGGAAAAAGAAGGGAAGGGGGGGAGGAGACAGGCGCUGUAA